AUGUCCAAGCGGAUGGCUACUGAUAGAUCAAAAUACAAAGGUGUAAAGAAACAAUCUACGUUAACAAAUGGAACAAAUUUACUUUUCAUCGAUUCAUCACUGGCCUAUACGACAAGCGUUAAACGUCUAACAGUCAGUUUGAUUAAUGUCGGUUCUAGCGUUAGUGACAGCGACAGUUCCAUUUCCAUAGAUGAAUCGGACACUGUAUCUGCUGAUGAUUCAUGGUCAAAAAAAGACGAGUCAUCAUCAAGUGCUUAUGAAGUGAAACGACCGACUAUUGAUAGUCUUAUACAGGUGCCUGUCUCAAUGUCAAAUUUAAUAUAUUUUAAAUUGAAUGCAAAGUAUGCAGAGUUUAAUCGAAUUACAUCUGUUUUUAAGCAAAUGCCAAAAUUGAAACAUUUAUCACUUCAAUCUGAAAACAAAGAUUUUCUUGAUGGUUCUCGAUUAGAACGAUGUCUGUCAACAUCACUUGUGGAACUUGAACAUUUUGAACUACUUGUACUGUCGAACUAUGAUAAUAUUGUGGAUAGCGACGAAGACAAUGAAGAUGAAGAGUACGAAGUGACUCUUACAAUGAAUGUGGAUAAAAUAUUAAAAUCGUUCAAGACAGAUUAUUGGCGUCGACAUGAUUGGAAUUUUGUGUGUGACUAUUCGGGUUUGAAUGAAUAUUUCGAUUUACAACUGUAUACUAUGCCAUAUUUGUCCAACACAUAUCAUUUGGUAUUAGGAGAUCCUGAUCAAGUAUUGAUGAUUAGAUCAACUGCCGAAUAUGGAAUAAAAGAUGAUAUUGCUUACAAAAAUGUCGAAUGUCUUGAUCUCUAUCUAGAUAAAAAUCAUUCGACACUGAUGUACGCUGGUACACAAUUAAUACCGAUAAAAAAAUAUUUACAGGGUUAG